GUCUCCUGGCGAGAGAGGGCGAGGUGAAGAAUCUGGAGUAUAAGGAAGCAAGCAAAUCACUUGACUCCCAGUGCCCUAAACUCAACAGAGAGGUGCCAUGACUGCACUGAUGGGAUCUUACGCCUGGUCUGAGAGUUUGGACUGCUCCACCAUGGAUGGAGACCUCUCAGAUGGACUGUCCCCUCACAGGUCUCCUCGGGAGAAAGGCUCAGAGACCCGCAUCAGGAGACCCAUGAAUGCCUUCAUGGUCUGGGCAAAGGACGAGAGGAAGAGACUGGCAGUGCAGAACCCAGACCUCCACAAUGCGGAGCUCAGCAAGAUGCUAGGAAAAUCCUGGAAAGCUCUGUCUCCCUCCCAGAAGAGACCUUAUGUGGAAGAGGCCGAGAGGCUGAGGGUCCAGCACAUGCAGGAUUAUCCCAAUUACAAGUACAGACCCAGGAGGAAGAAGCAGGUCAAACGGAUCUGUAAACGGGUGGAAACUGGAUUUAUGAUCAAUGGCCUCUCCAGGGACCAGAACUCUGGGCCAGAUAACAGGGCCUGCAGGUCAGCUGGAGAUAAAGAGGACAACCAGGGUUAUCCUUCUGGGGCAAGUCUGCAGGACAUGAGAGGCUACAGGGAGUCUCAGAGUGGUGGUGGUGGCAGCAAGCAUGACCAGUCUUACCCAUAUGGGCUCCCAACCCCACCUGAGAUGUCACCACUGGAUGCCAUUGACCAAGAGCAGAGUUUCUAUCCAUCUUCAUGCACUGAAGACCACAACCCUCACAUCAAUGGGCCUACUUACCAACCUGAAUACACCAGAAACCAUAUUCUCUGUAACCAUUUAGGCCAAAUGCCCAUGCCACAACCUGGAGCACCCAUGAUACCAAAUUGUCCACCAACCUACUUCAACUCUAGUUAUCACCACUCAGUGCCCCAUAAUUACCCUCAUCAUGCCCAUCUUGGUCAACUGUCACCUCCUCCUGACCAGCCACAUUAUGACAGCAUAGAGCACAUCAGUCAAGCAGAACUCCUUGCAGACAUGGACAGGAAUGAGUUCGACCAGUACCUAAAUACCUCCAUACUGGAGUCCUGUGAAAUGGCGAUAAAUGGACAUAUCCAGGUGUCACAGUCUGUAGACCUGCAACCCCAAGAGACCACCAGCCUCAUCUCUGUCCUAGCAGAUGCCACUGCCACAUAUUAUAAUAGCUACAGCGUUUCCUAGGUUCUAAUGUGACCAGGACCUGAAAAGACCAUGCAGUAUUAUUGGCAUCAGGAAGCUAAGGACACUCACUGUCUAUCCUCAGGGCUGUGACAGAUGGGACCAUACACCAUACUGUCUCAGAAGUGACUGUCCUCCUGUUCAAGUGUAGACAGGGCUUCCAGGUUUGGGCAGAAAUCCUGUACAUAAAGGACGGAGUGAUAACAUGUAGCACACAUGUCCCUGGUCAUGUAUGAUCCUACAAGGUGCGGGCACUUACAGUAUGUCAUGGGUGUAGAAGGAGAGGAUGAGGUGCCCAUGAGCAGAAUGACCUGAUACAAUGUAAUCUCUUUUUGUUACUUUUGUUUUGCUCCAAUAAAGAUCUGAUUGUUUUCUUGUAAUUAACCCUGUAGUCGCUGUCCACCAUUGGGUAACUAGAGGUAGUGGAGAUGGUUUGCAAUCCUGGGAAUGCAUCUAAACCUAUAUAUAUUUUACAUUGUCUUGUAUUUUGAAUGAUGUACAUAGGCGUUUACAGAAAUAUUUAAUUUAAUUCAGAAUGGCUUUUUUUUUGUACAAUAAACUACAUAAAGGACGUUCAA